AUGGCAACGGCAUCGCCCAGAAUUCGCAAGCGUCUUUUAGGCGUGAAAGCAACACCAGCAUUGAACGAACUACUAGAGAAAGCAGUUUCGAAAGCUUCGGGGAGAUCUCUCCCAACUGACGUUGCUCCAAUUCCUGGUGAUGCUGCCGUGUCGACGGUGGAGCAAGCCUGUAUUGUACUGCUCGCGAAUCAGCAACCAAAAGCGGAUCACGGCGAUGAAUCACUUUACAUUCCGAUAUCAUCGCUAAAGGCUAUGGAGAUUUUGAUUCAGGAGGAUUCCAAUCGGAUCGAUGCGGCGUUGUCUCAAACGAGCCUCGUAUUUUCCCAACGAUGUUCGCGAGACGAUCUCUCCCCGUCACAGGUCCGGUUCCGCGAACGCAUUGAACGUCUCAAGCUCCGACAGGAAGAGUCCAAGUAUACAAAGUUGACGUCCAAUCUUGGUACCGCCACCAUGGAUGACGAUAUUACAACACGCUCCAUGACGUACGCCGCUUCGAUCGGGCUUAACAUGAUCAUCGCCCCGCUCUCCUUUGGAUGCUUCAUGUUCUUUUUUGCGGGUGGUAUCUUGGACUGGGUAUUUCCUCGGUCGGAAGCUACUUUGGCGAGGCAGCUGCAUGGUGCGGUUGACGUUCGAAAGGUUAUUGUGGGAGUCGUCUCGGGCGUCCUCAUGCUGUUUAUCGAAAUGAUCCUCUUUGUCAUACGGACAAACGAAAUGGACAAGGCCAUCCGGAAAAAGCAGAGGCGAAAGAAGGACUAUCAACCGUUUGGAGUGUAUUCGGCAAAUUCUUCCAAAACCUUCAAAGGCGAGUAG